AAGUCAUUCACUCAUUCGUUGUAUUGGAAGCCGAAGCCACUCUUCCGCCAAAACCAACACUCUGUCUGAAAGCUCCUCCUCCUCCCUAAAUCACCCAAAAAAUCAUGCGACCUCCCAGAGGCGGCGGAGGGUUCAGAGGCUCCCGCGGUCGCAGUGGUGGUGGUCGCGGGUUUAACAGUGGCGGUCGCGGUUUCUUCCGCGAUGAGGGCCCUCCUUCCGAAGUCGUAGAGGUUUCAACAUUUGUUCAUGCAUGUGAGGGUGAGGCAGUCACGAAGCUCACGAAUUCGAAGAUACCCCAUUUUAAUGCCCCAAUCUAUCUGCAAAACAAGACUCAGAUAGGGAAAGUUGAUGAAAUAUUUGGUCCGAUCAACGAAUCUUAUUUUUCGGUUAAAGUUAUGGAAGGCAUUGUGGCGACUUCGUAUUCCCAGGGAGAUAAGUUCUAUAUUGACCCAAUGAAGCUUCUUCCUCUUGAAAGAUUUCUUCCACAGCCAAAGGGACAGAAGCCAGCAUUUUCUCGAGGCGGAGGCCGUGGAAGGGGUACUCCGAGGGGAAGAGGUUUUUCAAGGGGAAGGGGUCCUCCAAGGGGAAGGGGUCCUCCGAGGGGUGGUAACCGUGGUGGCUUCAGGGGCAGAGGGAGAUUUUAGAAUAACAUUUUGUAAUAUUUCUAGUGCCCUACCCGCUUUGCGUCGUGGUUUCAGCAUGCGUAGGGCUCGCAAGAAUCACAAUUUCAUGCUGAUUAUGGUGGUUGGCAUGCGGAUGAUGGACUAUUUAUUUUCCUUUUGUAUUGUAGUUUUAUGAUCCAAGGCUCCUAGCUGCAAGCUGAACUUGAGUCGAGUUAAACAUAGAUGAUUUGUUUUUCGUGACAACAGUGAGUUGUUGGUAUUGCGAGCUAUCAAUAAUUUAUUUGUUGGAUUCGUUAAGCAAGUGGACUAUUAGACCGUUUAUGUUAGUUUAUUUAUUUGUUGUUUGGGCUUGACCCAAAGAUACUACACUUAUUCUUGGAGUAUGUGAUGCUACGAAUGCGUAGGUGAAAUUUUUUCUA